UUUGAAAACUUAGUUUUGCACUUCAGCUCUGUUCGCUAACACAGCUACUUGUUUUGUUUUUUUCUCAUGGGCUGUGCUGUGACUUAUGUGGCUUUACAUUGAAAUAACAACUUGCUAAGAGAUUCUUGAAAGAUACUUGAUUGAAACUGAUAGUUUCUUCAAAGCUAAAGAGUCAACAGUCAUCUAAAAAUAUAUAAUUUAUUGAUAAAAAAAUAUAUAAUAUUAAGACAGUCUGUAAAUGAGAUUUAUAUAUCAAUUAAAUUUAUUGGCUGCAGAAGAUCAGAAUAAUAUAAAACAUAAAAAUUGAAUUGAUUACAGAGAAUAACUGAUUUAAAUUUAUAGAAGAUUAGAAAUACCUUUUUCAUUUGAACAAAGAUCAAUGAGGGAAAACUUUGAAAAUUUUUCAAAAAUGUUUCUUUUAAAAAAUCAAAUUCAAAACUCUAUGUCAACAGAACCUGAUAACUUUUACUCAUUCUCAAAAGAUUUGCAUCAAAGUAUAAGCGAAGCGUAUAACUCGACUAGAUCGAUAAACUUGUCAGACAAAAAAGAAAUGUCUGGAUAUUUUUCUAAUCGAUCAAAUUUUACAAGAGAUUAUACCAAUCAGUCAAACAACUUACGUACCGAUCCACACGAAUUUGUUUCAAAGAUCGGCACUUUGAAAACAGUUUAUAACAACCACUUAUAUAACGAAGAUAUUUAUAAAGAUUUCAGUGAUUCUUCGUCAUCCAACGGUUCAGUUAGACCUUCACCUUGCAGCAGCUUUGAUGGUUGCAGCACCGAGACGUUUGGCUCUGAUUAUAAUGAUUUUGAAUAUAGUUUAAAACCAUCUCUAAACCUCCAUCUUCAACGCCAAAUGCGAAAACCACCUUAUGGAUAUUUAUGUCACUUGUGUUUUUGCAAGGGUCAUUUUAUUAAAGAUUGUCCUGAGGCAAGACCAAAAGGUGAAGGACUAACACCAUAUCAAGGCAAAAAACGCUGUUUUGGAGAAUAUAAAUGUCCAUCAUGCAAGCGAAAAUGGAUGAGUGGAAAUUCCUGGUCAAACAUGGGCCAAAUGUGCAUUAAGUGUUCUAUCUACGUUUACCCACAUAAACAAAGACCACUAGAUAAACCAGAUGGACUCGACGUUUCAGACCAAACAAAAGAACAUCCUCAAACCUUGUGCGAAAAGUGCAAAGUCUUAGGGUAUUAUUGCCGAAGAGCUUCCAGUUAGGCAUAUCUGUAUCUUUUCGUGUUUAUAUUUGUGGAGCUAUAUAUAGACGUUUUAAAACCAAGAAAAUUUUUUUUUAUUGUAUUAAAUAUGAGGAAAUAAAUAUAUAUGUAAAUACAAAAAAUUAUAAAAUUUAGAAACGUUUAAAUUAUAACAAAUUUGUAAUGCAAAAUUGAAAUGUAAAGAUAUUAAAUAUAUAAAAAGGAUAUUAAUUGUC